AUGGCGUCUAUGUGCUUGCCCGAAAUCUUACUUAUCCUUGGCAGAAAAAUCCAUAACCGCAAUACACUUUUCAACCUCUGUCUCGUGAGCAAGGCCUUCAAUGAAAUAUUCUCAGGAUACUACUACCAAGAAAUCUCCUUCUGCGAACAUAAUGUCUGCUGGCUCUUCGACGUUUCUAAGUUUCCCCUGGUCGCCUCAAACAGAAGAUGCCUUAAACAUGUCAAACACUUUACGUUCUAUGUCUACGUAAACAAAGAUCUGAAUACGGUCGACCCCAUUCAAGCUGUCAGCCACCCAAACGAGAUGUGCCAGAGUUUAACAUGGUGGAUACAAAUUAGCAAUAACUUAGCAUAUUUGUUACCUCUUAUGCCACAUCUGGAGAGUUUCACGUGGGUUGGGUAUCCUCUAUAUCACCGAAUAGUCAAGAACCUACAAAAACACUACCCAGGCUUGAAGUCUCUCACAGUGGUGGAACCACAGAACCGCAAUCUGAGACAGGAUCAAAAAGUCAAUUUCUUCCAAGUUCCCAUUCACGCGCCAGAUAGAGGCCAAUGGGGGCUUCUAACCAAUGGCAAAGGGGGAGUUCCGCUGCUGCCCCCAUUCGGAAACCUCGAACGAUUACACCUACAUCAUAUAUGGGGAAUGGACCUAGGUCUCUGGCGAAACAUGAGCGUACAGGUACUGAUCAACUCACCGCGCUUGCUGGGCUUUUUGGUGUCUGGUUCGACCCGUUGGCGGCUCUCGCAUCACGACAUGCACCAAAAUGACCCGGCGCUCCACCCAGCCCAUUUCCUACGAGAGCUUUGCAAACGCUAUCGCAAAUCGGCCGGCAAGCCCCUAUCUCUUAAAUGUGUGCACCUGGGCCAUUACAUGUUCGUGUUGCGCGCUGGAAAUAGCCCAAGACGAUUUCGACCCGAAUUUGCAGACGAGCACUAG